ACGCGGAUGAGAACAGCGCUCGAGGGAUGUUUUUCUUUAGCAGACGAUUCCGAACACUGUGUCCACUUCCCUAUUCUCACCUCAAAAACAGACGAUUUUGAGCAGUUCUAAUCGCUUGCGUUCCUUAUUCAAACCCCAUGCAUCGGUCAAUUGAGCACUUGGAGCUUUUUAAUUCCACAGCGAAGUGAAAAGGAGGAGAAGAUCAGGAAGCUAUCUUUUCUUUGUAUUUCUUCUGCGCAUGUCCUCCGGAAAGCUGGUGACGAAAAUUUGCAACUAUGGACAUGAAAGCGGAAGUCUCGCAGCGGAAGCGCGCCCUACCGGCUGUCGUGGGAACUUCAAUGGCACCACGUGGUGAAAGUGUAGUGAAUUGUGCAGCGUGCCAAAAGCCAAUUAGAGAGAGGUACCUACUGAAAGCAUUGGAGCAGUUUUGGCACGAGGACUGUCUAAAAUGCGCCUGCUGUGACUGUAGACUCGGAGAAGUGGGAUCGACUCUCUUCACCAAGGCCAAUCUAAUCCUAUGCAAAAGGGACUACCUCAGGUUAUUUGGGACGACAGGACUGUGUUCUGCGUGCAAUAAGACGAUUCCAGCAUUCGAAAUGGUCAUGAGAGCAAGAGGCAACGUCUAUCAUUUAGAAUGCUUUGCUUGCCAGCAAUGCAACCACAGGUUCUGUGUGGGUGAUCGAUUUUACCUUUUCGACAAUAAGGUGCUCUGUGAGUAUGACUACGAAGAGCGGGUUCUCUUCGCUUCACUUCCCUACUCCACCUACAACAGCUUGGACCAGAUCCAAAGACAGACGGACAGUUUAACCCCCUUGUCACCACCUGUUGACGACGCUUCCAGUGGCUAUGGAAGCCCCAGUUCCCUAAUCAGUGACGGACACUAGACUUCUGAUGCUAAUUCGUCGAUACUAUUAAUGACUCUACUUCGAGAAAGAGCAAUGCAGUACUGGAACAUACAACUUUGAAAAUCUUGUGAAGCAUUGCAAUAAUCUAUGGUUUUACAGAAACUACUUGUGAUGAAUCUUCCAUACAUUUGGUGAAACCAAGAUUGUGUGAUUGUCUCAAAACUUAUUGUGAUGAAACUAUCGGUUAAGUUCCAAGAUUUAGAUUGUGAUGACUCUUUAUGAGUUAGUUUUCUAAGGAAAAGUAACUACUCGUCGUUGCCAUUAUGGCUCAUUUUAUGGGAAAAACAUGUAACAGGCUAUUUGGAUUUCAAGAAACAGCCAAAUUUUUUGCAUUCCUGGAGAGGAUUUAAUAUCUUAUAAGAAUGAAUAUUUCUGCAAAACUACUAAAAAACCUGUUGUAAAAAGUGUUCCAACAAAAAAUAGCACUCAUCUUAGCCUAAUUUAAUAUAUUUAAGAAAAUCAAAGCAUCAAAGACAAUGGACCGUCUUUCUUUAUAAAGAUUUCUAUAAUAAGCUCAUUUUUCCCAAUGAAUUCAAUUUAUUUAUUGCUUGUUGUGCUUAUUUUACUGUAAAAAGUUAUGAGAGUUGUAAAUAUAGACUUUAAAAGAAUUUUAAAAGUUGCAUUAAACUUUUCUUGUGCAAUAAAUUGUAAAUAAAUUUGAAAUAUUUGGUUUGCUUCGCGUGAGACCAGCACUCACUCCCGGUGUCAUUUUGUACCUAAAAUUUUCUAAACAUUUUUCCAACAACUAACUUAAAAAAAAAAUUAUCUUAUUAUGUCAAUCAUUUUGAUUGAAAUUUACUCUGUGUAGCAAAUGAAUAUUGCAGGACAAUAUUUGGUUAAAAUUUUUUCUAAUAAGUAAUUGAAAAAGUAUUUUAUGUCUUAAAAAUACAUUUACGUUUUUCUUUCUUCCUUUUUUUUUUGAAUGGGGAGACUAAAUGGAGAAAAGAGAGGAAGUGCAUUUGAAAAAAAAAAGUAAUAAAAAAUACAGCUCAUUAUUUUUAUUAAAUGAAAAGUUAUGAUCUCCUAAAUAUGAAGAAGAAAAAGGAGAAAAACUUACGACUUUUUUAAUUAGAAAAUACUAAGUUAAGAAUUCUCUAAUUUGCUUAGGUCCAUUGUCUUUAAAUUUUAUUGAAACUGCAGUAAACUAAAUUGAUAAUUAAAUGCUUUCUAUUGAUCCAGAAACUUGUACUCGCCUAAAAUGUAAAACAGAAAAUACUAAUUUUCCAGAACUAUAAACGUGCCUCAAUCACGUUUCUUGAAUUUGUUAACUCAGAACACAAUGUUUUUAAGCAAUGAAAUAAAAUUUACACCUAAAAAUUGAUAUAAUUAAAAAAUAUAUGCUGAGAUAAAUUUUUUUAAGAAGAAUAGAUUUUAUAGUCGGAAGCAACAACCUGCCUUCAUUUUUGAUGAGUUGCGAUUUUCUGAAAGAUUAACCCUUUUUCAAAUGUGAAAAAACACAUAACUAAUGUAUUAAUUUUCAUUGAUUACAAUUAUUUUUUAUACUGACAAAAUGUUGAUGCAUUAAUCAUUUGGUUAUUUGAGUGCAGAAUACUAACGUUAAUAUAAAGUUCUAUUCCCACACUAAAAUUAUGGUGAUCAGUUCACAUUUUUAAAAAGUUUAGAAUUCAGUCAUUUCGAAGAAACUUUGAGCCAUUCCGAUUAACUUAUUCCCACUUCAUAUUCUUAAAUUACUGCCCCAAACUGACCUCUCCUGGCAAGGUUUUGAAAUCAGUUUUUCAUCCCUUAUUUUACUAAAAUAAAGUUGCCAAUAUUAUGCACCGUUCAGUGUAUCAUAAAAUCAUUCUGAAGUUACGAUUGGGAGGUAUUUUUAAAGUUGUUCUGAUUGUUUUUCCUUCACUGUAACAUUCUAUGCAAUAUGCAAAUAACAUAAAUCCUUUGGUGCUCAGAAGUAAAUGGAUAGUUUGUAAACAUUUAGAAAGAUUAUUUUUCGGCUUUAGUUGCACUACUUUUAUUAAAGCAAUUUGUUUAGCAUUCUAUUCUUGAUGAGGUUCAAAAUUACCCUAAAUAGUAGGAUCAGUUUAAGCUAGGCUAUUAAUUCAGUUUAAGUAGUUAAUAUUUCUGAAUUUUGGAUAACAUUACAUCAUAUUUGGAGCGUUUCUUCAGUUUUAUGCCAACACAGCUUAUGUUUUAAAACAGAGAAACAGUGGCCCAAAAUUUCUCUGAAUGAUUCUUUUUCAAUAUCCAUACUAACAAAGAAUUUUCGCCUCGAAAAUAAAAAGAUUUCCCUACGUUUCUGGAGCAAAGAUUGUUUUUAAUCUAAAAAUCGAAAACAAAAUGGGGAUCAUUCAAGAACUGGAAACUACUGGAAAUCGGUAGAAAAAAAAACUAUUUGUAUAUAGCUACAUUUAUUAAGAGAUAUAAAUAUAAAGAAUGUAAAGUAGAUUAAUGCCUGAGGUAUUGUACUGUACAUAUAUAUUUGAUGGUCAUGUGUUAAUAAAA